AUGAAAUUUCCAUACAUGUCAACUUUGACCUUCAGCUAUGCUUUAUUUUAUGAGGGAAAACGAAAUGACCUAAGAUUUCUUUUUAAGAUGUUAGAAUUUAUUGGGUUGGCUUGCACCUCUCUAUGCCCAGUAUGUAUUGGGAUCAUCAUUGUGACAAGUCUGAUAGUUAUUCUGGCUGAUGCAAAUCUAAUGCUAAUUGUAAAAUCUAAAUGUGGAAAGAAAAUUGAAUGUUUGUCUGGUAAAGUUGUAUGGAUCACAGGAGCAUCCAGUGGUAUUGGGGAACAUAUUGCUUACCAGUUGGCGUCUGUUGGGUGUAAGCUGGUUUUGUCUGCCAGAAGAAAGGAAGAACUAGAAAGAGUCAAACAAACUUGUUUAAAGUUAGGUAGAAGUCAUCUACAAGAUGAAGAUGUUCUUGUUCUGCCAAUGGAUGUUCUUGACUUUGACUAUCACAAGAAAGCAGUUCAAUCAGUCUUAGACCAUUUCAAAAAAAUUGACAUUCUUGUCAAUAAUGCUGGGAAGUCUCAAAGGGCAGUUUGGUCAGAAGUUCAGCUGGACGUGGACCGUGAAAUCUUUGAGAUCAAUGUCCUUGGACCAGUAUCACUAACCCAGGCUGUGCUGCCACAUAUGAUGGAACGUAAGCAAGGGCAUCUGGUAGUUAUGAGCAGCUUAGCUGGUAUUUUAGGGGUUCCAGGGUCAAGGUCAUACUGUGGUAGUAAGCAUGCAGUUCAUGGUUACUUUGACAGCCUGCGCACAGAACUGGGUAAUAAUAUUGACAUAACUUUGAUCUGCCCUGGCCCAGUCUUUUCAAAUUUAUUUCAACAUGCGGCCACAGGCAAACAAGGAGAAUUAGUUGGUCGAAAUAUGGAAAAUUCUGAGAAAAGAAUGAGCACUGAGAGGUGUGCCUACCUGUCUUGUGUGGCCAUUGCCAACAGGAUGUAUGAGGUGUGGGUCAGUCAGAACCCCAUCUUGUUUAUGACCUACAUAACUAUUUUCCUGCCUGAUGUUGGAAAGUGUUUUUCAGAUGUUCUGUAAGAAGAUUAUUACACCCUAGCCCAAGCCUCCUGCAGGGCAGCAGAGGAUGGCAACAUGCAGAGUUUGAACCUGGGACCAUUGUGAUGACAGUUUGGUGCACCUACCACAUGACCAUGCAGCCAUCUUUUGUAAUUUAUAUUGAACUGUUUACCAAAAACAAAAAAGAAAACAAGAUCUGUUAUACAGCACUCAUUAAAACAAUAAUAGCCACAAUGGGUUAUCAUUGAAACAGUAAUAGUUAUUAUGAGCUAUCUAAUGUAAUGUGUUUACUAUUUCCUUUCAAUCUCUCUAGGCUGGCUAGUAAAAUAGGUGCAAAGCAAUUUCUCAAAAUGAGAGAAGGAAAAUAACUGGAACUACAUGAAUAACUAACAUACAUAACUAUUUUUAACUAUCAGUAUUUUGUUUCAAGAAUUGAAUUAGUUAUACAAAGUCUAUUAAAUUGAUUGUUAUUUGAUUCAAACUUUAAUUACAAAUAUUUUUUGUUUUUAAAUCUCUUUGGCAUUUUCUUAUGUUUUAGAUUUUCCUCUCAUAGUUACAAAAACAAAAUUAUGUUCUUUUUUUUUUUUCUUAACUUCAUACAAAUGAAUUCACUAACUUUAUAUAAAAAUAGUUAUACAUUUUUUUUUUUAAUUUUAAAAGAUACAGAAAAUAUUAAAACAGAAACAUUUACUCCAGUCUUUUGUCUCCGAAAAUAAUUGCAGAUUAUUUCUGAUUAUGCAUGAUUGCUAUUUGACAUUGAGACUUAUUUUUUUAUUAUCAAAAAAAGUCAUGAUAUGAGGUGUUGGAUAUGUCUUAUUUUAAUGUUGGAUUUUUAAAUAAUUUUGCUUAUAAAUUUUCUUUGAUUUGCAUGUAGGUCUAGGAUAAUGGUCCAUUGUAUAAUUAAUCAUAUGUGAAGUAGGCCUCUUACAUAAUAUUAUCAUUGAAAAUAGUCAUUAUUAAAUGUUUAAUGAUAACUUUUUAAUUAUAUAAAGUUUAUUUAAACUCUUUGGUGUAAAACUACCAGUCAGUGUUUUAAUUAGUAUUUUCUAUCAAUUGAAAAGUCAUUAGUACUACAGUAUUAUUACAUACUUUUUUUUAUUUUAGAUGCAAAUUGUAAGAUAUGGUUUAUUUGUAUAUAUUUCUUUUUCAAAGCUAUCAACUCACUCCGUCUGUUGGAUUCAAAUAUUGUACACAUUUGUAUGCUAUACACAUGCUUAAGUUAAUUUUUUAUGUUUGCAUUUGCUCCUUGUUGCUGUUUUGGUUAAUUAAUUGCCUUGGUUUUUAUGAAGCCUAAGAACUUCCUAAUCACAAUUUUUGUGUAACCAAAGAACUUUGUUGUCAUUAUGAAGUAGUGCGCAUAGCACAGCAAUAUUUUUCAGAUCCAUUAUUAAAAUUACUUUUUAUUAUUGUAAAUGCCAAUCUGUCAACAAAAAGUAAAUGUAUACAGUAUCACAGGGGAAACAAAGCAUGUAAGACCCCUAAAUAAUUACAUGCUCUACCAUUUUGGAAAGCCACUCUACCCUUUUAGCUGUCAUACACUUCAGAUUUUAGAUUAUCAUUUUUUUUAUGUGUAAAGAAUUUUUUUUAAUUAUAAAUUUCUGUUGAUAUAUCUUACUUUAGUAUCUCGUUUAUUAUUAGUCAAUCAGAAAAAAAAGUUUUACAUGUGAAAGAAAUAGUCACUUUUUAAAGGGUUAUUUUAGCUAUGGUUAAGAUUUUGUUAAUAUUUUCCUAGUUCACUUGGUCACCUACCUCUAUGCCCCCUGUCCUAUUAUUCAGGACUACAGAAAAUUGUAUAAAUUGUGAAAAUUAAAUUUUGCCAUCCCAAUGCCUAAGCCUGUCUAUUAUUUUACACACAAAUAAUGUGUAUUUAAGUACCUUAUUUUAAGAAUAACAAAAGUACAUUAUUUUAUCUUUUUUUUUUUCUAUUUAACUAUUUUUUUUAAAUAUUUGUGUGUGUUUGUUGAUUAUGAAUGAAUGAAUUAUGAAUAUUUAUGCAAAUUGUAUUAACUUAGUAAAAGGAAAACUAAAAAAAAUAUAUUUCAACCAGAUCAGAUAAACUAGAGGGUCGUGUUUUUAAACUCACAAAAUUGAUUGGAAACCCAUUUUGUAUUUCGUUUUGGUUAUCCUUUACACAGAUUUGUGUUUAUCUCUGUGUGUGUGUGUGGAUUUUUUAAACUGCUUCCCAUUUUAUUGUUGGUAUUGAUCCAUAAUGCCUAAAAAAAAAUAAUAAACAAAUAAUCUGAA